AUGGAUGUUAACGAUUCCGCAGGGAGCUGGGUGGCCGUGGGGUUUCUGGUACUGAUAGGAGUGAUCGCCAUCAUCGGUAAUGUGCUCCUCGUCUACCUGGUAAUCGCAAAACAAGAACUGCGAGAAAAUCUGAACUAUUUCGUGCUGAGCUUGGCGAGUGUGGAUCUGCUGACGGCCUUGUUGAUUAUGCCACUGCAGAGCUACCACAGCGCGGUGGAGGUGUCGACAGAGGGCGCCCUCUGCGUCUGCAUCAACGUCCUGGCCGUCAUGGCGGCCAUGGCCUCCGUGCUGAGUCUGGUCUGCGUGACCUUUGACCGCUACCUGGUGAUCAGCAAGCCGCUGCGUUAUGUCACGCUGGUCACGACGCAUCGCGCGCUCGGGGCCAUCGCGUUCCUGUGGCUGUACUCCAUUGGCGUGAGCUUGCUCAUAUUGAUCCCGGAUGAAAUGACCGUGGAGCCUCCUAUGGGAAUCAGCAACAGCUCCGUCACGUGCAACAUCGACACCUUGAUCGGUCUGCCCUACGGCUAUUUCCUGAUGUGCAACUUCUUCAUCCCCAUCCCGGCAAUGUUCGUCAUGUACGCCCACAUCUUCGUCAUCGCGCGUCGCCACGCGCGCGCCAUCCACGACGUGCGGCGCGUCAGCUGCGUGGACCCCGCCCUGCCCCAGCCCAGCCUGAUCAAGCAGAACGUCCGCAUCGCCGCCGUACUCUCCGUCAUCACGACCUACUUUCUCCUGUCGUGGACGUCUACCAUUGUCAUCCUGGCGGUGAUGAGGCACAUGCCGGAGUACGAGUUCCAACUCACCAUCGUGUACAAGAUCAUCUUCUACACCAACGCGGCUUUCAACCCGUUCCUGUACAUGUUUCACCAUCGGACGCUGCGAGCGUAUCUGGUCAAGACGGUGCGGCGGAAGUUUUCUCGAGUCCCGCCAGGGACUGUCGGGCCGUCUCCGCUAGUCUCCACCGUCUCCUUGGACGUCCCUCGCCCAAGAAUUAACUCCUUAUUCGAGCCAGCUUGCAGUCGCAGGCCCUCCUUUCGUCUGCAACAAAAUCCCUGA